AUGCACGCCCAACCACCAGCACAGGCCCCUCGCGGCACAGCACGACUCCCCUUCGAGGCGCACAGAACCCGUCUGCCCACCUUCUUCUACCUCUUCUCCUUCUGCCCCGCCGUUCCAUCACCCUUCACCUCGCCAUCGGCGUUUGCGCGCCAUCCCGGCGUGCUCUACCUCGUCGGCUUUGCAGCGGCACUCUUGGCAGGAUGCGGCAUGCCCGCUCUCGACCUCCUCUACGGCAUCUACACCAACAGGGUCACCCCGGGCGCAGCCAGCCCGCAAGACAUCCGCGAUGCUUCCUCUUACAUCGGCUGGGUCGUCACCAUCGUCGGCGUUGGCGAGUUCCUCCUCGCCUGGCUUUUCCUCGCCUGCUUCACCACCGCCUCACACGACCUCACCCAGCGCCUCCGUCACACCUACGUCGCCUCCGUCCUCGCCCAGGACGCUUCCCACUUUGACCUCCACGGCGCAGGAGAGAUCGCAAACCGCGCCUCCAAGGACAUCGCCGUCAUCCGUGCCGGCUUCGGCGAAAAGCUCGCCUACGCUUCCUGGUCCGGCGCAACGCUCGUCGUAUCCGCCAUCAUCGGAUUCAUCAAGGCGCCCAGAAUCGCCGGCGUCCUCUUUGCCCUCCUCCCGCUCACCAUGAUCAUCUUCUCCGUGCUCGGCAAGGCCACCGAGAUCGUAGGCGCCCCCGCUCUCCGCAUCGAAGGCCGCUCCUCCACCUUCCUCGAACAGGUGCUCGGCUCCGUCCGCGUCGUACAGUCCUUUGGCAUGGAGUCUCAGCUGCUCAAGCGCUUCGACAAGGCCAUGCUCAAGCCCCUCGAGAAGCUCGGCAUGCGCAAAUCCGCCAUCCGCGGCCUCGAAACCAGCACCGUCUACUUUAUGCUCAACUGCACCUACUCGCUCGCCUUCUGGUGGGGAUCCAUCAACAUCGCCGAGGGCAGGGUGCUCGUCGGCGACCUCCUCACCACCUUCUGGAACUACCUCAACUCACUCUUCUCCCUCGCCAACAUCGUACCCCACAUCGCAGGCAUCUUUGACGCCUGGACCGCCAUCAAGCAGGUGCGCAGGGCCAUCGAGAGGGUGCCCAAAAUCGACAUUCGCAACGAACAUGGUACAGUGCCCGCCUCGGAUGACAAGCAAUGGUCGCCCAGCUUCGAGCUCAACAACGUCACUUUCUCCUACCCUUCCCGCCCCAACGUUGCCAGCCUCAAGGACGUCUCGGUCCUCUUCGAGCCGGGAAAGGUGACGGCCCUCGUCGGCCCAUCGGGCUCGGGCAAGUCCACCAUCACCAGCCUCCUCCUUCGAGAGUACGACCCAGAGACCGCCAACAUCCCGCAUCCGCACGACGACGAGGACGCCAAGGCUGCACAGCAGGACGACUCGGCCAAAGCUGACGCCAACGACGAAAAGCCGACGUCCAAGUCGCUCUUCCGAAAGUCGAAGCCGAAAAGUGCUGGCAUCGACGAAAAGGAUGUCGAGCAGACCGAUCCUGCCGCCGAUGCAGGUAAAGGAAGGAUCACCGGCUCGGGCAGCGUCCUCUUCGCCGGCCACGAUGUGCGCGAGCUCAACACGCGCUGGCUUCGAUCGCAGAUCGCCAUCGUACAGCAGCAUCCGCAGCUCUUCACCGCUUCCGUCUUUGAGAACGUAGCAACCGGCCUCACCGGCACCGAGUGGGAGUACCUUCCAGACGUCGAUGGAGAUCCGCAGGCCGCCGGAUACGACCCGGACCGCACCGCCGCCAUUCGCGACAAAGUCAGGCUCGCCCUGCAGAAGGCGGAAGCCUGGCAUUUCGUGUCCAAGCUGCCCCAGGGCAUGGACACGCCCAUCUCGGGCGGCCGCACCGGUCUCCUUUCGGGUGGUCAGCGUCAGCGAGUCGCCAUCGCCCGCGCCCUCGUGCGCGAGCCGCGUCUCCUGUGUCUCGACGAAGGCACCUCGGCACUCGACUCGGACACCGAGAGCAAGAUCAAACUCGCUCUCCAAAAGGAGCAGGAGGAGCGCGGCAUGACCACCAUCCUCAUCGCCCAUCGUCUCAGCACCAUCGAGCAUGCCGACAAGAUCGUUGUCCUCAAGAACGGCCGCAUCGUAGAGCAGGGUGAUCACGACUCGUUGAUGGAGAAGAAGACCACCGCUGGUCACACGGGACUCUAUCGCAGCAUGGUCAUGCAGCAGAGGCACCUCGCAGAGUACGAGGGCGACAGUGCAGAUGCUAGCGCUGACGCCAAGACCGGCAGCAAGGACGCUUCGAGCGAUCCAAAGUCGUCGGAUUCGACGUCGAGCGACGCCUCGGUGGCAAUCAGCGACGACAGCGCGGCGGGCGAAAUGCUGAAUGCGCCGGAUCACUCUCUCUCCAUCUCCGUCUCCGGCAUGACCGACGGCACAAGGACCAAGGUCGACGGAGCGUCAACUGUGCGCUCGGCUUCCGUCGUGCCAGACGAGCCGUUGGAACUCGCCUCCCGACCCCUCCCGCUGAGCAGGCAUCGCAGCAGCCGUGCAUCAGACAACCCUUAUAGAGCCUUUUCCGGCCGCACCGGCAUCGCCUUGGCGCAGCAUGAGCAUGCGCCCGAAUCGGCUCCUGCGACCAAAGAGGCUGACCGAGCACAGGCCUCUGUUGCAGCUGGGACUGAGCUGGGCACGGCCAAGGCGGACGACACAAAGAGCCUCACCAGUCACAGCGACAGCGAGCAUCGAAGCAAGAUGGCGAAGAAGGAGGAGAAGCGUCGCCUUCGCAAGACAUUCCUCAGGUACCUCAACGAUCAAAAAUUCUGGUUCUCCAUCGGCCUCUUGGGAUCCGUUGCAACCGGUGCCAGCUUCCCCAUUGCUGGCUGGCUCACUGGUGGUGCGGUCAACUCGCUUUCCAUCGAAAAUGACAACCAGCGACUGCGCAGCGAGACCAACCGGUGGGCGCUGUGGUUCCUCAUCCUGGCGCUCGCGGAUCUGGUCAUUGUCAUGAUCGGCAGCUUCUUCCUCGAGACCGCAUCGGAGCACGUAAUGCGCAAGCUCAAAAAGGAGGGCUUCUCCUCCUUGAUCCGACAGGAGAUCGGAUUCUUCGACGCCGAGGAGCAUGCGAGCGGUGCCAUGAGUGCUGCCGUGUCCAGCCAUCCUGCCAACGUCGGCGCUGCCACGGGUCUCGUCCUGGCGCAGGUCGUCGUCAGCAGCAUCAACCUCGUCGGCUCGGUCAUCCUCGGUCUGGUGCUCACCUGGAAGACAUCCGUGGUCUGCCUCGCUCCCAUCUUUGUCCUUUUCAUGUCGGGCUGGCUCAACAUUGCCAUGCUCGAAAAGUACGAGUCGGUGGCGCAAAAGCCCGCCGACCGCGCUGCGUCCUACGUCUCGGAACACGUCGAUGCAAUCAAGACCGUGGCUGCCCUCGGUCGAGAGGCGGAGACGAUGAGGGUGUUUGACGAGCGCGCUCGGGCCGAUCCAAAGCGCACGCGCUACCUCAUCUUUGGAGCGGGUGGCUUCGCUGUCUCGCAGGCAAUGGUGCUGCUUCUGUCUGCCCUCGUUUUCUACUGGGGCGGAACGCUGCUUAGCAGGCGUGAAGUCGACAUCACGGCGCUCUAUGCCUCGUUCGAGGCCGUCAUCAUCGCUGCCUUCUCCGCUGGACGGCUCUUCACUUUUGUGCCGGACUAUGGCCGCGCGACCAACUCGUUCAAGACUGUCUCGGGCUGGAUCAACCGCAAGCCGCUCGUCGCAGACACCAAGGGUCUGCCGCCGCUCGACCCGUCGUUGCGUGCCAAGGUGGAGGACGGUAGCUAUGCGGCGCAAGACGUUGUGUUGCGCGAUAUCGAGCUUCGCUAUCCGCAGCGACCCAAUCACCCAGCACUCAAGGAGCUCAGCAUCACCAUUCCAGCGGGCAAGAGCGUCGCCUUCUGCGGCACCUCUGGAUCAGGCAAGAGCUCGAUCCUCGCGCUGCUCCAGCGCUUCUACGAUCCGUGCCAAGGAAGCAUCGAGUUUGGCGGUGUCGACGUGCGACAGGUGCCCAUCGACAUGCUGCGCCGGGAGAUGGCGUACGUCUCGCAGGACCCGAUCCUGUACGAGGGUACCAUUCGAUGGAAUCUGUCGCUCGGCUCAAUCGAGCCCGAGUCGGUCACACAGGCGGACUUGGAGAAGGCGUGCGAGGAUGCCUACAUCCUCGACUUUGUCCGCGGCCUGCCCAACGGCUUCGACACCGAGAUCGGCUUCAAGGGUUCGCAGCUUUCGGGAGGUCAGAAACAGCGUCUCUGCAUCGCAAGGGCGCUUCUCCGCAACCCCAAGAUCCUCCUUCUCGACGAAGCCACCUCGGCAUUAGACGCCGAGUCAGAGAUCCAAGUGCAACGUGCUCUCGACCGCGCCGCCUUGAACCGCACCACGGUCACCAUCGCACACCGGCUCAGCAGCCUUCGAAAGUGCGACUGGAUCUUUGUCGUCGAGGAUGGCAUGAUCCGCGAGUCGGGCACGCACACGGACCUCAUCGCCCGCGGAGGCCGCUAUCGCGAGCUCAUGGAGCUUCAACUGUAA